UCCGCGCCUCUUCCAAACGUGCUCUUUCUUUCAUGGCAAUACGACCCCGAUCAACAAUAACAACAACAACACCUCGCUUUCUAAUCAACCAGUUCCCUCGGCUCUUCCUCAACACCAACCCCAAGACCACACCGGUAAGAAGCAAAACAACAAUGUCCUCCCACCACAAACAAAACAACCCUCAUGCCAAGCACCCGCAAUUCGGCCACCUCCCUCUCAGCACCUCGGGCCCGCAAGACUGCGCCCUGACCGGCGCGGCACUCCUCAACACCGCCUACCUCAACAAGGGAGCCGGAUUCCCUCCCGAAGAGAGGAGGGAGUUCAAUUUGACGGGCUUGCUACCGCAGAAUGUCCAGACCCUCGAUCAGCAGUGCAAGAGAGCUUAUGAGCAGUAUUCUACGCGCAAGGAUGAUCUGGCCAAGAAUACCUUCAUGACGAGUCUGGCCGAGCAGAAUGAGGUGCUUUAUUUUAAGUUGAUUCAAGACCAUCUAAAAGAAAUGUUCUCCGUCAUCUAUACGCCUACAGAAGGAGACGCCAUCCAGAAUUACUCAAGACUAUUCCGAAAACCAGACGGCUGCUUUCUCAACAUCAACGAUAUCGAUCGAGUUCAUGAUGAUCUCGCUCAGUGGGGCAGACCCGAGGAUAUCGAUUACAUUGUAGUGACUGAUGGAGAGGAGAUUCUUGGAAUUGGCGACCAAGGAGUUGGUGGCAUUCUCAUCUCAGUCGCCAAAUUGGUCUUAACAACACUCUGUGCUGGCAUCCAUCCCAACAGGACGCUUCCCGUUGUUCUUGACUGCGGCACUGACAACGAGGAACUCCUCAAUGACGAUCUUUACUUGGGUCUAAAGAAACCUAGAGCACGUGGCGAGGACUAUGAUAAGUUUGUCGAUACCUUUGUACAAUCUGCGCGGAAGCUAUAUCCUCGAGCGUACAUCCAUUUCGAAGACUUUGGGUUGCCCAACGCUCGAAGAAUCCUCGAUCGCUACCGACCCUCCAUUCCAUGCUUCAACGACGAUGUCCAAGGAACAGGUUGCGUCACCCUCGCAGCAAUCAUGGCCGGUCUGCACGUCAGCAAGCUCAAGCUGGAAGACAUGCGAAUGGUAAUCUUCGGCUCCGGUACCGCAGGAACAGGAAUUGCAGACCAAGUACGAGACGCGAUCGCUGCGGACAGUGGGAAAUCCAAAGAAGAAGCCGCAAAGCAAAUCUGGUGUGUAGAUAAACCCGGCCUCCUUCUUAAAUCCCACAAGGACAAGCUCACCCCGGCCCAAAUUCCCUACGCCCGUACCGACUACCCUUCCUCAGACACAGACCUGCACUCCGUAAUCCGCACGGUAAAACCGCACGUCCUAAUCGGCACCUCCACGCAACCAAAAGCCUUCACCCAGCCCAUCAUCACCGAAAUGGCCUCCCAUGUCCCCCGCCCCAUCAUCUUCCCCCUCUCCAACCCCACGCGCCUGCACGAAGCCGAUCCAAAAGACAUCAACGAAUGGACGCAGGGCAAAGCGCUCAUCGCAACCGGCAGUCCCUUCCCACCCGUCACGUACAACGGCCGGGAAUACGAGGUCGCCGAGUGCAACAACUCGACCUGCUUCCCGGGCAUCGGCCUCGGCUGCGUACUCUCCCGUACCAAGCUCCUCAGCGACAAGAUGCUCGUCGCGGCCGUCAAAGCACUCGCGGCACAGAGCCCGGCGCUGAAGGAUCCCAAUAAGGGGCUGCUUCCUGACGUGGUAAACGUGCGGGACAUCAGCGUGCAUAUUGCGCGAGCGGUCAUCGUACAGGCGGUGGAAGAGGGGUUGGCGCAGGAAGAGGGCAUUCCGAGUGAUGAGCAUGGGGAGCUGGAGGAGUGGAUUAGGGAGCAGAUGUGGGAUCCGGUUUAUCGGCCUCUAAGGAAGGUGGAGAAGGAGACGGCGGAUCGGAAUGCGAAGGGUGAGAUGGGUAUUGCGACUGUGGAGCUCUAA